AUGGGGGAGGGAGGGGGAAAGAAGGCAAUCCAGGAGACGGAGACCGGAGACCUACACGCGCGAGAACACACGUCUCCCUCCGGAGUCUCCAGCAGAGGCAGUAUUACUCUCGGCGGAAUCAUUUCCUCCCCGUGAUGCAACAAUCGGGACACAUUAGAGCGGACGUUUUGUCACCGGGCGGGCGGGGCCGGCUGCUGAAAAUAAUCCGACACGGCGAGCGCUUCUGGGAGUGGCGCCCAUAAGGGAUCGUCCGAAAAGUACGUCCGUUUGUUUUGUUUUUCUUAGAUUUGUUCGGUAAAUUUUAGGAGCAUGGCGCCUGUGAGGUUGGGGGUAGGCCACCACGCAGUACAUUCAUGCACUGCAGGUAUGAUGUUGCCUACUUGACAGGCGCCAUAAGAACUUGUAUGGGCUAAAGCGGGCCGGUUCGUAAAACGGUGAAUGCCGGACGUACUUUCUGGAUACGCAGGGACACCGAGCCGUGCUGCUUCCUUAGCACCGGGUUAAGUUUGGGGUGACGAGGACCCGAACCGCGACUGGACUGAGGAUCCAUUGUGUAGAUGAGUGGUCGCGAGUGACAAGAACACGCGGGCAAACACACUGCUGCGACACUGUCCUCUCGCGGCUGCUGCGGGGGACCUUGUCGCCGUGCAUGACCUGCUGCAGCGGCAGUGGCGGCGUCCCGAGCGGCGGCAGCAGCAGCCAGUAGGACGCCCUGGCCGGCGAGAGCACCGCCGCACCACCACGCCCCGCCGCGCCCCGGCCUGGCGAGGGAGCCCCCCAAGAAGGCUCGGCGCGAGUGGGAGGAGGCUAGCGAAACCCUGGACUGACCCCCUCCGCCAGCCCCCUCUUCUUUGGCGCGGCGCCGCCGCCGCACUGAGCCGCGGCGGGCUCACCGAGCCGCGCGGGGCCAGUCAGCCCCCGACCCUCGCCGCGACCGCUCGCCACCGCACACACACAUACACACACACACACACACACACGCCCACCCGCACUCACACUCACACGCACCCCGCGCGCUCUGGGUGCUUCGCGAUCGCCGCCGUACUCGUGAUUAGUCCCCCGAUCGCCGUUCUAGUCUCGCGUCGGCCCGUCGGCCCGAUCAUGUAGUAAAGCACCGUGUAGCUCGCCGUCGCGCCGCGGGGCGCCUCCGCCGCGCCCCCGUCACGCCCCGCCCCGCCCGCGCCCGGACACCAUCAUGCCGCCCGGGUGACGGGUGCUCCCGCCGAGUGACUGUGAUUAUAGGAUUACCUCUCCGCCGACAUGCCCGCCCUCGAGAGGAUACCGGAGGACGAGGUGGGCUACCGGAGCUCCGGUAGCGCGCUGAGGAAGAAGGACUCGUUCCGCGACUGGCCGCCGUCCUCGCCCGAGUACAGCAACCACCACCGCGGCGCGUCGCCGUCGCCCAGCCCGCCGCCCAUGCCGGCCAACAAGAAGCUGUACCAGCGGACGCGCUUCGCGGCCGACAUCCCGCCGCCGUCGGCGUACUCGUCGUCGUCGCGCCACCCGUCGACGCCCACGCCGCCACCGGGGCCCGUCACGACGGUGAAGGCUCACCAGCAGAGCGCGUCCCAGAUCAUCGGCGACUCCUUCCGGAAGCUGGUCGGCAAAUUCCGGUCCGGCAGCUCGGAACGGAAGAACAAGGCGUCCAGGAAGCUGAGCAACAAGUCGCGAGGAGGGUCGUCGCGGUCGCGCUCCCCCAGCCCCACGUACCGCGCCGCGGAGGGCUCGCUGCUCGGCAUGAGCCGCAGCAAGCGCAGCAAGAGCGGCCGGCGCUCGGCCCAGGAUGGCGACGGCUCCUCCCCCAACGACGGCACCGACGACUCCCCCGAGGAGAUCGCCCCUGUGGCGCCGCCCCGCCAGUCGGGCGCGCGCAGCGGCCUCAAGCGCUCCCAGUCGCGCUCGCAGCCGCACCGCAACGGCGACCUCAACGGCGACGGCCGCGACACGGUGGACGCCAUCACCACCAGGAAGUACUACCUGGGCGAGGACCCCUUCGGCGGCUCCAUCUACGGCCGCGAGCGGGAGUACGACGGCGUGGUGCCGGCCCGCCGGAAGCAGCGCGACGGCCACACCAGGAGGGGGUCCCAGUCCGAGGAGGAGCGCCACUCCAGCCUGGGCCGCCUGAGCAAGUCCACCUCCAGGCUGACGGGCACCACAGGCGGCACUACGCAGCACAACACGCUGCUGAACGGCGGCUCCGGGCGGCGCGUGGACUACGGCCCGCGCGGCGGCUCGCAGACGCUGCCCAGGAAGCUCCGCGACGACUCGACGGCGCGCGCCAAGAAACAGGUGUACGUGACCAAGAGCAACGCCGAGCGGACGGGCUCCUCGGCGAGGUCGUCGCCGCCGCAGGUCUGGGAGCACCGCUUCACCCGGGAGCGCUCCUCGCCGACGUCGCCACUGGCGUCGUCACCGCAUACGGGCAGCCUCAUCAAUGUAUCGUUCGUCAACCAGGGCCGCGACAGGGACUCGGGUAGGGAGUCGGUCACUUCGCCGACGCGCAACGGCGGCGUGUCCUGGGAGGGGCCCGCCAAGCCCGCGCGCACGUACCGCACCUCGCUGACGAGAAGCAAGAGCUUCAACGUGCAGGCCGCGCCCACGGCUUACCGGUCCAGUUCGCACCUGCACCGCCUGGAGGAGAGCCCGCCACCGCUCAAGAGCCCCAGCAUCCUUGCCAGCAUCAGCCGCAGCACCCGCGACCUCACGGACCUCGUCGACAAAGAGAACAGCCACGUCGAGGACCUGUACACAAAGCCGGCUGCCAGGCGUGAGCGCCGGCUGUUUUCCAGCACCAGCCACCUCAACGGCGUGAACGCCAACCAGGACCCCAAGAAGAAGGCCUUCAUGCGUGGUCUGCUGGACCGCGCACCCGAGCUGUUUAAGACCCUGCACCCAGAGGAGGAGCCACGCCCCGAGCAGCGCGAGCGCGUCAUCGACUACAGCAACUCGUUCCGCUCGAGCGCGGCUACGCCGCCCCCGCGCUCCCCCUUCAGGACAGACAGGGCCUCGGCCUCGCCCAGGGCCUCGCCCUCAGGUGCCAAGGGGGUGUCCUCGUACCGCAGGGACUCCAACAACUCCAGCGGUAGCGGCAACGGUGACUACUCGGAGACGGUGAGGAUCACCUCCAAAUGCAACGACCCCCUGCGCCCAUCCGUCACCAACACUGUGCAGAGCUUCUCCCGGCGCACGGUGCCCUCCGGUGCGGGCUCCCGCCUUGGAUUGGGCACGCGCGAGGUGGUGGAGACCAGUGACACAUCCACGGUCACCAAGAGCAGCAACCGUUACAGGGGGGGCUCCGGUGACAGCGGUAUCGAAACCAGCAGCAGUAGCAUCCUCAUGGACGCCAAGUACCCCCGGCACACGGCCAGCCUCGCGCGGCACAAGCACAACGGCGGCGUGGUCAUUGAGGUCCGCAACACGCGGAAAUAAUAAUAAAUUUGAUCUAUUUCGUUAUGUACUCGUCAACCAGUCAGAAUAGGAGCACCCCUACUAUUUAGGCUUCGAUAACGUCGCUUGCGGGAACGAAUCCUGUCACGGAUUGUCUGGUGAUGUCGAUGUGGCUGCUCAGCGCGAAUCCCCGGCGAAGGGAAACCCGACUCGCAGUGGGAUUUGGAGUUAGUGAAGUGUCUACCUCUUACGAAAGGCAUCAAGGGAUUACCGUCCGGGUCCAUGCAGUAGAUAGAAUAGUUUGCAGGCACUGCAAGUUAAGUUACAAGUAUACGUAUCUACUGGUGAAAUGCGCGUAACGUAACUGAGUUCGCCAUACAUAUAGCGUGCCAUUCUUGGAAUACGUCUUUGCUAAAAGCCGUCAACAAUCUCAGCGCAAUUUCUAGGGUACCCUGCCUUUUGUUUUGUCCCAUGUUUCUACUGAACAUUUUACUGUAAAUAGCAUAGCCCAUGCAUAUGCCUGUGCCUGAAGUGCCAGCAUGACAUGUCUAAAGCUUUCUAUGAAAGACAUUUUUCUUACAGGAACUCUGUGAAUAUGUUAAGAAAUUGUCAAGAACGUGUUGUCGUUUUAACUCCAGACAGGCGAGAGAACAUUGUGAGUUACGAGCCUGCUGGAUACUGACUUCAAUUAAGUGGUAGGGUGAUUUUUUGAUUAAAUGAAAAUUUUGACCCACGACCAAUGUGCGUUUUGUAUACUUGAUUACUCUAAAAUGUGGAGAUAUUUUAAUAAGGCGAUAAGUAAUUAUCUAAAAGCAAUAUUGAUUGAUGGCUCUUGGGUCAAAAUUAAUGUAGGCUAGUCAAAUGAGUCUCAUAAUCAACUUGCAAUACAAUGUUAUAUAUCCGAUUCACAUUGUCAAGUCUGUGAUUUUUUAAUGAAGGUUACAAAAAUUUUAAUGGAGAAGAAUCUCCGCAUCCCCAUAUUGCACUCUGGGUACACUCUUGAUAUGAAUUGAAAACGAGAAUUUAGUCUUCCUCUGACAUUCUCUUUACAUUUUGUGGUUGACUUUAACUCAUGAUUCAACAAAUAUUUUCUAAAUAUGUAGUAACUGCCAUGAUUUACUCUCCGCAGAUGACUUUUGAAAGAAAUUGUAAUACUGUUGUUUGAUGCUAUUUACAUGUAAUAAAACUAUAACCUUACAUUCA